AUGACUCAUGUGAUGAUUCAAGCUAAUGAGGCCUUGUUGGUUAAUCAACAAGCUAAUCAGAAUCAGAAUGGGGAAGCUGAUGAGUUUCGAGGACUGGGAAAAUUCCAAAAGAAUAACCCUAUCAUAUUUAAGGGAAGGUAUGAUCCUAACGGUGCACAUGCUUGGAUUCAAGAGAUUGAGAAGAUUGUUCGGGAUUUUUUGGAUAAAUAUUUUCAAGUUGAUGUUCCUAACCCUAAGGAGAUUAAAUUCUUAGAGUUAAAGCAACGUAACAUGUAUACGGUUGAUUAUGCAGCCAAAUUUGAGAAACUAUCCAGGUAUUGUCCUCAAUAUAAUGGUGUGGAUACUGAAUGUUCCAAAUGUGUGAAGUUUGUAAAUGGUACGGGCUCCGAGAUUAAGUAG